AUGAACCCAGAGAAGAUUGUUACUUCAGCAUCCCCAAAGAAGUAUGUCUGUUCAUAUUUAAUAAUUAAGGUGCUUUUAGCAUUUGCGAAGAAAUCAUUGGCCUUAUUUCCAGCUAAGUUUCAAAAGAGCAUGUGGAUAAAGCAAGGUAGUUUUGUUGUGGUUGAUGACAAUGGGAAGGUGACAGCUCUUGAAUUCGGCAGCAAGGUGACAUGCAUUGUUUCUAAAGUUCUCUUCUAUGAACAAGUGUGUGCUGUUUGGAAGUCACCGAAAUGGGCAGAAGUCUUCAAAGAAACAGUUUUGGAUGAUUCUAAUGGAAGUCGAGAGGGAGAGACUUCGCAACAAGAAGAUAAUGAUCUUGAAUCGAGUUGUGAUGAGGACGAUGUACUACCUCCACUUGAAGCCAAUACAAAUAGAAAUAGACCGUUUGAAUUGCACCAGGAAUCUGAUUCAGGUUCAGAAUCCGAUUCUUGACAAUUGCCUUGGUGCGCUUGAAUUAGAAUUAGUGAGAAGACAACAAUUUUAAUGUGUAUCUUU